CUGCAUCAAACACAAACUGCGGCCCAGGCUGGGAAGAUGUCACGGACACAGAUUAUUGUAUUGCCUUUCAUACAAAUGUUUUGUCCUGGUUGGAUGCACAAGCUGAUUGUAAGAGUCGUGGGGGAGACCUGGCCUCAGUGGCCAACGUACAGGAGCAGUUCUACCUGUCAGCUCGAGCUGUAACCUUUGCAUCAAAUAUGUUUUGGAUUGGAGCCAAUGACAGAGCUACUGAUAGAGGUUGGCUGUGGUCAGAUGGCACCCCAUUUGCUUUUUUCAACUGGGCUGUCAGACAACCAGAUAACAGCUAUAACUCUGAUUGUGCGGUCAUGGUUCAGAGCAGUGGAAAGUGGGAUGAUGUCGAUUGCCAGAGCAGAAAUGGAUACAUCUGCAAAAAGAAAGGAAGAGUCACUUCCCCUUCUUUGAUAACUACAACCACACCACCUCCUCGUUUGCCAGCUGGUCAAAUAUGGGGCUGCCCUCUGGGUUGGGAAGAUUACCGUGGUUCCUGCUACAAGCUUGUCCAACUGGCCACAGAUGUGGAUUGGUCAACUGCUAGUUCUACCUGCACUAGUUCCACAUAUCAAAGUGCUCUGGUGGCCAUCAUUGAUGAUGACGAGAAUGAUUUUGUCUUUUCAUUAAUUCCCAAAGGAUUUAGUGGUUAUACAUGGAUUGGCUUCCACGACCCUCAGGAGAACAGUUUUACCUGGGUGGAUGACACACCUGUCCAGUACACCAACUGGGAACUUGAUGAGCCCAACAACAGCAACAACGAAGACUGUGUUGUGAUGGACAGUGCGUUUGGUCAGUGGAAUGACAUUGACUGCUCAGACGUCUACCCAUUAUUUAUUUGUAAGAAGAGCAAGAGCAUCAUCCCCAAGACUGAAUCAGAUAUGGAGCAAGGAUGCACAAAUGGUUCUCUUGGCUAUGGAGCGCAGUGUUACAGUUUCAUCACUCCUCCAAAGAAUUUUUACGACGCUCAAAAGGACUGUAGAGCUAGAUCUCAAAAUCUUGGAAAUCUGGCCACAGUUGACAGUGGCCACUUGCAGUCCUUCUUGGCAGCUGAGUUAUUUACAUUGCCAGGAAUUUCCUACUGGAUUGGUUUACAACAGAGCGGCACAGCUUACAAUUGGCAGUCAAACUGGCCUGUUUCAUUUACCUUCUGGGGAUCAAAUCAUACAGGCAAUGAAAGAGGCACCUGCGUGGGCAUGCAGCAUUCCGGACUGUGGGCGGACUAUCCCUGUAGCCAGACAAACAUGUCCUACAUCUGUGAAUCCCCUCGUACCGGUUUCACCACGGCAACCACCAGGGCUCCAGUCACAAACCAAGGCCCAUGUCCUGCAGGCUGGACAGGCUACGGCGCCUGGUGUUAUCAAGCAUUCAUUGGUAAUAUAACCAGCCAGCUGAGCUGGUUAGAAGCCAGACAAUUCUGUGCCAAUCAAGCCCCAGGAGGAGCUCUAGUCACAGUUGACAGUAAUGCCACACAGACCUGGUUGAUGAGUAGCCUUCUGUCGCCUACAAAUGUUACAACUCACUUCUGGAUUGGACUCAAUGACAGAGACAUAGAAGCAGGUUACAUCUGGGAUGACAAUUCGCCAUAUGUGUUUGCCAACUGGUUUCGUGGGGAGCCUAAUGAUCAAAUGAACAGAGAGGACUGCGUUGAGUGGGUUCUUCCGAGAAAUUCCUGGAAUGACCAAUACUGCUAUACAUCCAAAAACUGGAUCUGCCAGGUGCCCAGAGGAUCAAUUAUCACUACUCCAGUAACAGUCCCAACACCCGUGGCCACAACCUGGUGUGGCAACUCCUCCUGGGUGUAUUACAAGUAUCACUGCUACUUUGUUAGCCCUAGCGAUGGACCCUCCUCUUCUGCAACGUGGUUUGAUGCUCGAAGGACUUGCAUGGCAAUGAAUUCUGACCUGGCCAGCAUCGUUGAGGAUGGCGAGAAUGGAUUGAUUACAUCCUUGAUCAGCAAAAACCCAGUAUUCUCAUUCUGGAUUGGACUCAAUGACCUAGACAUGGAUACAUACGGGUGGACUGAUCUCAGUCCUGUUUCAUAUGUCAGCUGGGCUCGCAAUGAGCCAAACGACAACUACGGUGCAGAGAGCUGUGUCCAGAUCAAUUCAAGAGGAACCUGGAGUGAUAAUCAGUGUCAAAGGUCACUGGGCUACAUCUGCAAGAAGUUUGCCGGAAAUUACCACCCUCUUCCUCGUACUCCUCAAACCCCAACUGGCGGGUGCCCACCAAAUUUUGUCUCUCUUCCUGCAUUAAGUUACUGCUACUACGUGGGUGGGACAACGAACGCGACACGUGCAAAAUAUGAUGAUGCCAUGGCGGCCUGUGAAAAGAUGAGUCAUAAUUCUGAACUGGCAUCAAUCCACUCAACUCUUGAACAGAAAUAUAUCCUGACUUUGAUAUCCGGUUUGCGGACUGCAGCAUGGAUCGGAUUCAAUGACAGACUAUACCCAAACCAGUUUUUCUGGGUGGAUAACCUUAACGUGUCCUACACUAACUGGGGACCUGGGCAGCCGGAUGUGAGCAGAACUGACGGUCGACCAGGUUCCAGGAGGGACUGUGUGGAUGUAGAGGUUAGACACAACCCCGGCACCUGGCAUGACCGCACCUGCAACAACCUGUUAGCUUAUGUAUGUGAAGCCAGAAAAGAUCCUACAGUACCCACGGCAGCUCCCAACUCCACUGGUUGUCACCAAGGAUACCAGCGAUUCCACAGCAGCUGCUACAAGUUCUUCAGUGACUCUUACGAUUGGGCAACAGCUCAGAAUAUGUGUAAACUUGAUGGAGGCAACGUGGUGACAGUUAGUAGUGGAGUGGAGCAAGCCUUUGUGGAGAUUGUGACAGGCCAUGUCAAUGACUCGUUACAGUUCUGGCUGGGACUGAAAUAUGAUCAGUAUGGUGAUGUCUUCAACUGGCAAGAUGGCUGGCCGAUUCAAUACACCAACUGGGGCCAUGGUGAGCCUAAUGUUAAAGGAGGUCAGAACUGCGUGGCUAAUACAUUAGAUGGACAAUGGCAUGCUUCAAACUGUAGCAGCAAAUAUCCUUUUGUCUGUGAAAUCAAUUUUGGAAGCCCCCCACCAACGAGAACGUACAGCUUCGGGAUGUGCCCCAGCAGAAACUGGUACAGCUUCAAUGGCAACUGCUACCUCGUGGAGUCUGCCUCGCCAAAGUCAUGGGCAGCGGCCAAUGCAGCCUGCACCUUACUAGGUGCCAACCUGGCCAGCAUCCACUCUGAUUCGGAGGCACAAGCAUUAUCAAACUACCUGGAAAAUGUUGGAAAGGAUGUCUGGAUUGGAUUUUUUAAGGGACAAGCAGCUGGCUUUUCCUGGUAUGACGGCACUGAAGUCGAGUACUUGAACUGGGCAGCGGGUGAGCCAAAUGAUCCGGAAAGUUAUCUCCACCAGGAUUGUGUCAAGAUCAGAAACCAAGAUUCACAGUGGGCUGAUACGGACUGUUUCGAUGAGAAUCCUUACUUGUGCAAGGUUCCACAAGGGAUCAAUCCCUUCCAGACUUUGCCCAGUGGCCAGACCAGGCCAAAUGGGUUCAAUACCAGGCCAAAUGGGUUCAAUACCAGGCCAGCUGUCCCACAGGCUAAUGCUGGGAAAGACACCGGUAGUUCUAGCACUUCUAGUAAGUCUCUUUAUCUACUUUCUCAUUCAGGUCUCAGCAGUGGCGGAGUUGCCGGAGUGGUUGUGGGAUCCCUGCUGUUAGUGACACUGGCUGUCAUAUUUGGUACUCUAGUAUACCGUCGUACUCACGGACUGAACAUUGAUCCAUUUAGCAGACAGCAGCAGACAGUACCGGCUUCUGGCAUUGAGAAUGCCAGUUACAGUACAAGUGAUGGAGCCAAGCUGAACUUGAGUGAAGCCUGA